AUUUUAACUAUUGAACGUGACAAGUGCAUUAAUCUGAUAAUUUAUAAAUUUUCUGGUUUUUUUCUUAAGUUCUUAGUGUUUAAUAAAUUUAUAUGUCAAGCCUAAUAUGUUACCUUGAAAGAUAAUUAUAGUAAAUAUCUUGAUGUGUAUUUGUGUCACGGGUAAACCAUACAAACUCUUCUUACGAUGUAUUGCUAAUUUUUAUUAGUUUAAAGUUAAUUUAAGAAGAACUUUAAAGAUACCAACCAUAUUUGUUUAAUAAAAUACGAUGUCUACUAAGACUGUAAAAGUUUUGGAGGAAGAAGAAGAACCAGGAAAAUUAGAUUCGUCCUCAUGGAUCCGUAUACGAUACAUUCAAGUUGUACUACUAUUUUUCAUGCUAUUCAUUUGCUUCAGUAUAAGAAUUUGUCUCUCUGUGGCCAUCGUUGCGAUGACUACAAAUGGUACAUCGAGCAACCCUGACGUACCAUAUUAUAAUUGGCAUAAUUCGGAUAUAAUUUUGUCAUCGUUCUUUUGGAGCUAUGCCAUACUCCAGUUCUUUGCAGGGAACUUGGCACAUUAUUUUGGCACGAAGAAAUUGCUAUUUGUCACCGUACUUACGAAUUCUUUGAGUUGCGCUUUGAUUCCUGUAUCUGCUCAAUACCUUGGCGCAAAUGGUGUAAUGACCCUACGAAUAAUUCAAGGGUUAUUUCAAGGAUUUUUAUUGUCCUGCCUCAAUGGAGUAUUGGGAAGAUGGUUACCGCCACAAGAAUUAUCUUAUAUUAACUCAAUUGUAUUUUCAGGAGUAUAUCUAGGAAUAGUUACAUCUAUGAUUAUAACAGGAUAUAUCUCAGCUUCUUGGUACGGUUGGCCAGCAGCCUUUUAUCUAUUUGGUAUACUGGGUGUUAUCUGGUGUGUAUUUUGGUAUAUGUUUAGUGCGGAAACCCCUGCUUCUCAUCCAAGAAUAUCCAAUGAAGAAAGGAAAUAUAUUGAGCAUUCUUUGGGACAACAAGAUGAUCAUUUGAGCGAUAAAAUAUCAAUUCCAUGGAUGGCCAUUGUAAAAUCAACCCCUUAUUGGGCGAUAAUUAUAGCAGCUAUUGGAGAAUCAUGGACUAGUACUUUUUUGUAUGUUGAACUACCAAGUUAUUUGAGUUACGCAGUGGGCCUUAAUAUUCAAGAUAGUAGUUUAUUCUCCGCAGUACCUACAGUAGGGGCCCUGGUUGGUGCCCUUAUUUAUGGACCUAUUGGCGGAUUAGCGCUAAAAAAUGGAUGCAUGUCUAAAGUUAAUUCGAGAAGAAUAUUUCAAGGAUUUAGUAUAUUUUCCCAAACAAUUGGACUUCUUUUUCUCUCAUACAUCGAAAACAAUGCUGCCAUCGCAUCAGUACUUAUCGCUGCCACUACUGCCUCAUCCGCAGUGACGUGCGGACAUAUCUUAAAUCAUAUUGAUUUAUCUCCCAGGUUCGCUGGGAUCUUAUCGGGUAUUUCCAAUGGAAUUGGACAGCUUAUUGCCAUAUUGGCACCUAUUCUUGUGCAUUUUAUCGUUACUGACGGGACCGAUAAAAGACUUUGGAGAUACACGUUUAUCGUAGGUGCUGCAAUAGGUGCAAUAAGUGCAGUAAUAUUCAUAAUUUUGUGUUCUGCUGAACGCCAAUGGUGGGAUGAUGUCGAUAAAAAGGAAAAUGAAGUUGUGAAUGAAAAACCGUUGUCGGAACUCGGACAAAUAAAUGUAGCGUUUCGCGAAGAAGUUGCUCAAUAAUUAGUACUCAGUAUUGUUAGUGUAAAUUAUUAUUGUUAGUAUAAACUAUUUUAUAAGCAUUCUGAGAAAUACUCAUACUGAGAUCAUUUUUUUAUAUCCAUAUAAUACCAGAAAAUAUUACUACUUUAUAUAAUUCCUUUAAUUUCUUCUAAUAAAAGCUGUUUAUUUUUA